AAGUUGUUUGGGGUUUUUUUCUGCUCCAUUGUGUGUGAGACAUCAAAACAAGGGCUGUCGCGUUCUCGGGCAGACUUCUUCGAGCCGCGAACUUUUCGCUCUGAGCUGUCACUGACGCAGAAUGACGAGUUCAUGUUGAAGUGUGUGAAGUCUCUUCAAUGCGCCUCCUCCUCCCCGUGAGAAAUGAGAUUUGAAAGUCGGAGGUUUAAGGCAGCUCGUGUUUGGGGGAAGCGGAGGAGUGAAGUGCCACCAUGAAUAGCAUCUAGUGCUACAACCAAAGUGGCUCACAUGAGGACUGCCCUGGAACCAAAGAUCACGAGUCCACUGCUUUUGCGUCAGAGAAUUCCAAAGAAUUGCAGUGCUGUCAACAAGUCAAGUGUGUCAAUCUUCUUUAUUCCUAGCGCCCACUGGUUGUUGUUGAGAGUGAUGGAUGCAGAGGCAGUGCUGCAAGACGAGGACAUGGAAGGGUCUUGGUCUCUGCUCUCCUGGAUGGCCUCCUGCCUCAUGGUGUUCGGGGGAGCCCUGCCGUACGUCCCCCAGUACCAGGAGAUCCAGAGGAGCAACAACAGCGAUGGCUUCUCGACCAGAGUUUGUCUGGUCUUGCUCAUCGCCAACAUAUUGCGCAUAUUUUUCUGGAUCGGGAAGCAGUUCGAGCUGACCCUACUGCUGCAGAGUGUUGUGAUGAUCCUCACCAUGUUUGCAAUGCUGCACCUCUGCUGCGGAGUGCAGUACGCCAACCGUGUCAGCACGAAGCAACAUAGACUUACAGACUGGGACGUACGAUACUUCUGGCAGUGGAGCGCCUUCGAGGACUACCUGCUCUUCUGUUUCGGCUUCACCGUGCUGUGUGCCGUCAUCACGCUGCUCUUGCUUGACUCGGUCGUCUUUGUGGAGACGCUGGGGUCCCUCGCCGUGAUGUUUGAGGCCAUGCUCGGCCUUCCCCAGCUGCUGCAGAACUUCCAGAACCAGUCCACCAAAGGCAUGAGCGUAAAGAUGGUGCUUCUGUGGACGGCUGGCGAUGUCUUCAAGACAACAUACUUUGUGAUGAACGACAGCCCGUCGCAGUUCUGGGUGUGCGGGUCGGUGCAGAUCCUCAUCGACGUGGCCAUCCUGCUGCAGGUCUUGUUCUACAGUCAGGACACGCGCACCAAGCUAGGCUGAUCAAGCCAAGGAACAAAGAUUUAAGAAUUUUAAAUCAAAAAGUGGGAAGAAUGUAUUUAUAAGUGUGUUUUCAUGUUUUAAAGUUUGUUUUAUAAUGUUGCAAAAACAUCAUUUAUUAUAUUCUAGACGCUAUUUAUAAGUGAAACCAAAGAAAAGUCAGUAGUGGCUGUUGAAAUUUGGAGAAAAGGUUUUCAUCGACCUUUAUGUGGUCUGAAAAUGACAUUUUUAAACUUUUAAACCUUUCAUUUAUUUUAGUUAAGUAAGUUCUGUGUUUUCACUCAAAAGCCAAAGCUGGGAAUUGUUCCUUUUUAAAGUCUGUCCAAGUCUCUAAAUGUGAACAGGACUUCAGCAAGAAGCCAGUAUAUCAAUGAUUUAUAACAAACAAAACUCUUGUUUUAUAAGGCGUCCUUGGUAUUUUGUGCCCAGUACUUACACUCCGUGGAGCACUCUGAUAUCAGGGAGCCAUUACUCAGACUGGCAGCUCACUGACAGCAGCUCUGUGCUGCUGUAAUGGCAACUGUUACACGGGGUCCAGUUCCAGUCGCCCUGAACUGGACCUCCCGCCUGACUGAUGAGAGUCCUGCACUCUCAACAUCACUCCACUGUUGUUGCCUUAUGUAUUGUGUGUGUAUGUUCGAGAGAGCGUUGGCAGCCUCUGCUCUUAGUUUGCUGAGUGAAAAAUCGAUGUUCAGUGUUGGCAUCGAGCGCCGAGGCCGAGGUGAAUGUGUGUCAUCUAACUGUAGCUUUAAAGCCAUUCAUUUCUUUGUGUCAUCACUACUGAGUGAUCCAGCACAAAACGUGAACUGAGGAGUGUGACUGGAUCAUCAGCUCCAGAAGAGCCGUCCUUCUCCUCCAGCUGAGAAAUGCAUCAGUUAUCUGACAAGCUUUUGGGUCACUGUUACUCACCUACCAAGUCGAGUAUUGACAUCAGUCUUUAUUGUUCAUCAGCAUAUGAAGAGGGCACUGAUGAUCCAUGUGAGGACCUGUAAGGUCACCUGUGUUUUCCUUAGGUGGAAGUGAGCCAUGAAUGGAACGGUUUUCCACAAGCUGCAAACUUCAUUUGACCAAAACUAAAAGCCCAAAAUAAGUGUCGGAAGUCUUAUUGCUCGAUUGCCCUGGUGGUUUAUUUUCUAUAUGCAAUAUAUAUUAGUAUUGAAGUUCAGGUUCUCCAGCUAAAUUUGUUUGGGAGCUCAUAUCCACAAAUAUUUCAUGUGAUAUCCGUGUUUUCAUCUGAAAAAUUAAUUGAACAACAAACUGUUGCCUCCGGAAACGAUUUGGCUCACAGAAACACUCCGUCCCCGAGGAACCACAAACAAGCAGGUAGAGAUUCUCUUAUUCGCUCUUAAAGAUGAAAUUAGAUGAUAAAGAUUCCCGCUUAUGAAAAACGUCAGUCAUGUGCUGCCCUGUUCUCAUCUUCUCCUCAGGACACGUAUCAUGUUUAAAUCCGUGUUUGGUUUUGCAUCACGCAGACACAAACGCCUGCAGGGGAGCGGAGCAUUCUUUAAGCAGUCGCGCCUCACUUUUUACCCGCAGUGUCAUCAUGCUUCAUGAAUUCUGAUCAGCUGGUGGAGUUUAAUCUUUUGAGAAUGGACACGAGCCAAAGAUGUAUGAAUAGCGUCGACACUCCUCCCAGAUGUUACAGUUCUGUUGCUGGUGUUUCUGCCGCUGUGUUGGAAAAUGUCAGUGUCGCAUAGAUCUGUCUAUUUUUGUACAAAAUAAAUGCAUUUGGUGUGUGAGUGUUUUCUUUUUUAAUGACUGUUAUUGUUCGUAAAUAUUGACUAUUGACAAUUUGAUCAUUAUUUCAAUGUAAUUUCAUCUACAAAAAUCCAAUAUUCUGUAUUGUUGUCAUCAGUAUUAGUGUGUGGAGGGCUUUACUUACGACAGCAACUUUUCUUUCUUGUUAUGCUUUGUUAACCACUGUUAUUUUUAUGAGACCAAUUCUUUUGAUCUUCAAGAAAACUUCAUUUUUCUAGUGAAUUUUUGUCCACUGGUUUGAGUAGUAUUGAUAAUAUAAUAAUAUAAAAUAAUUUUAAAAAUCGUUUUCCGUGGUUCAACUCAUAAUCAG